AUUCUAUUUGGUGAGAGAUAAACUUUAUUGUAUUUAUUCUAGUGGAUCUAUAAUUAAACGGGUAAACUAGUAGUAGCACAUCCAACGUCAAGGAAAACAAAAAGUUAUUAUCAGGAGAGGGAGAAUGUUUAAGUGGUUAGCAGCAGUGUGCUAGUCGAUGGCCCCCUCCAUGAGGCCACCACAGCUCAGCAGAACAUCGUUGUAGCUUCUUCUGGGGAGAAAAACACUUGGAGAGAAAAUAAAGUUAACAGCUGAAAUAGCAGGAAAUAAUACAGUUAAAGAGCAGACUGUAGAAGAAAGCAGUAGAGUGUGGAAAGUGGUCAGUGUGUCCUCCAGCAGUCUAAGCCUAUAGCAGCAUAACUACAGAGAUAACUCUGGAUAAUCUAUCCUAUUUAGAUGGAGGCAUGUUGGAGUCAGGGCGAGGGAGAGUCGUCUUUACCGACUGUACACUCCACCUCCCUCUACUCCCCCACUUGUCCAGAUUUAGGCUAACAUCAGAUUUUAACCAUAGACCCUAUCAAAUAAAAAUGUUUUAAGCCUAGUCUUAAAUGUAGACAAGGUGUCUGCCUCACGGACUAAAGCUGGGAGCUGGUUCCACAGGAGAGGAGCCUGAUAACUAAAAGAUCUGCCUCCCAUCCUAAUUUUAGAUAUUCUGGGAACCACCAGUAGACCUGCAGUCUGAGAGCGAAGUGCUCGGUUAGGAACGUAUGGAACAAUCAGAUCACUGAUGUAUGAUGGAGCUUGAUUAUUAAGAGCUUUAUAUGUGAGAAGAAGGAUCUUAAAAUCUAUUCUGAAUUUAACAGGUAGCCAAUGUAGGGAAGCUAAGACAGGAGAGAUACGAUCUCUCUUUUUAAUUCUCAUCAGAACUCUAGCUGCAGCAUUUUGGACAAGCUGAAGACUUUUAACUACAUUCUGUGGACUUCCUGAGAGUAAUGAAUUACAGUAAUCCAGUCUUGAUGUAAUAAAUGCAUGAACUAGUUUUUCAGCAUCACUCCUGGAAAGGAUGCUUCUAAUCUUAGCAAUACAUCAUUUACAUGUGCCACCCUUGUUUACAUUGUGUGGUCCUACCUGGCCACCCCUAACAGAAUUACAGACACGCCCCUGUGUUUCCACCAGAAUAAAAGAAAAAGUUAAAGUGAAGACAUUCGGGAGCGUUUGAGACAGCAGGAAGUUUGGAGCUUCAGAUAACGUCUGUGACGACGCAGGAAGAGCAGCAGGACUUGCUGUUGGAGCAGUAACAGAUGCUGGUUCUGCUCAGACUCACUUGGACCUGCUGCCUCGGAGGGUCAACAUGCAGCUCUUCCUCCUCCUGCUGGCAUACGUUGCCGUGGUUACGUCAGUGGCUGGUUGCCACAGCGACAGGGAUAAAGACCACCGGCUGAGGGAGAACUGCACUGGAGCGGGGUUCAGGGACCUCCCAGCAGGGCUGGACCAUGAGAUCCAGGUUCUGUUGUUUCCAAACAACCUGUUCUCCGCCCUGUCCUGGACCUCCUUCCAGAUCUAUUCAGGGCUUUAUGAGAUCGACCUCUCAGCCAACAAGGUUCCUGAGGUGACCCAAAGUCCUGCUGUGGUCCUGCCGAACCUCAGCGUUCUCCGGUUGGGAUCAAACCUUCUGACGUUCCUCUCUGAUGGAUCCUUCACAGCAUGUCCUGCUCUGACUGAACUUUACCUAGAAAAUAACUCCAUCUCUUCCCUGAAGGACCACACCUUCUCUGGGCUCAGUAAGCUGGAGAUCCUGGACCUAUCAGCCAAUCACAUCUCAGUCCUGCCUGACCUCAUGCUGCACCCUCUGACAGCCAUCGAAACGCUCUACCUGGAGAGCAACAAGAUCAAAGAGAUGCCUGAUGAUUGGUUCAGCCAGAAAGAGGAAGUGCCAUACCUGUACCUCUCAGCCAAUCCCUGGGCCUGCUCCUGUUCCCUUGACUACCUGCGCAGGUAUCUGGAUGAUCAUGAAUUAAACAUCUACGUCCGAGAUGGUCCGAUCAUCCAGAGUGAUGUAAACAGCGUGGCUUGUGCUGCUCCUCAGGAACACAAACACAAACCUGUCGUCAGUCUAGAAGACUCUGAUCUCUGUUCUUCUUCACAAGAGUCGUUCGACCCACAAACAGUCUCCCCUCCCCUCACCUUGGCUCCGCCCAUCCCAGAUCCGUCCCUGACCACGUCUCCUGCUGUGUCACUAGAACUUCACUCAGAGGUCUACAGAGUGGUGACGAGGUCCUGGUACCAGAACUUCACCCACUGGGUUAAAUGGUCGCAUCUUUCUGGGUCAGAGUUCAUCACCAGAACACCUGCUCGGUCACAUGACUUGACCUUUCAGUCUGUGGGUCCAUCAGAAGUCAUCAGAGCUGGUCCUUCACCCACAGCAGCUCCGUCCGUCCAGCCUGGAACACCAGCUGCGUCGACUGAAGCAUCAACCAUGUUAAUCCAUUCUCUGGGGUCCAACACCUUCAUUGGUUCUACAGGUUCUGCAGGUUCUACAGGUUCUGCAGGUUCUGCAGGUCCUGCAGGUUCUACAGGUUCUGCAGGUUCUGCAGGAGUGUUCUGUGUGUGGCUGUUAGCAGGAGGCCUUCUGCUGAGCUCAGCCUCUGCAGCGUGUGUUCUGGUGACUCUAGUGAAGCUGGUCUUCUGGUACAAGAGGGUUUACAAACCGCUGAGCAGGAGCUUAGCCAGGAGGGUCAAAGGUCAAGGAGGGGUCCCACUCAUAAUGCCAAGUAGGAAGGAGGAGAUCAGAGGAGAAGGAGGAGUGAUGGCUCUGUACCGCUCUGUUCUGUUUAUCAGUAGAGAAGAAGGAGAAGCUGUGGGGGGAGGAGACAGAAACCAGCAGGUCAUUACGCUGACACUGGCUGGAGGAGAAGGAGGAGAUGAGGGAGGGAGGGAGGAGAGGGGGGUGUACAGGAAGACUCUGUACCGGCUGGUAAGCAAAGAGGAGGAGAUGGAAGGAUGGAGGGAUGUUCUGGAGGAGUGUCGGGUCUCUGCUGAGGAUGGAGGAAGGAGGCGCGUCAGGAGGGAUAGAGAGCCUACAGGAGGAGGUGGAGGAGGAACCAAAAAGCGUUACAGUGUGAUUCUACGGGAGGAGAAGGAGGAGGCUGAGGGAGGGCGGGAGGAGCUGGACUGGGUGGUGGGAGGCUGGGAGGUGAAGAGAGGUCCUGGAGGAGGGGGGGAGGGCCUGAGGAGCAGCUGGGGGGAGUGGCUAGCACACUAUUUACCCAGCAUGCCUUGGGGAGUAACCACAACCCCUGAGGAGGAGGCAGCUCCAUGACGCCCUUU